AUCUUUCACCAUCUUCAUGUACAAGUAUGCUACUCGAUGGACGAGGAUUUUAACAGCUUUAAGUGCACCGAAUUAUAGACAUAUACCCAGUGUACAAUUGAAAACGUCGCAAUUGAUCACUACUCGCCUACUCUCGAAAUCUUCGGGCCCAUUGCGUUCGUUUCGACGGGGUGAUUGGAUAUGUCCUAAUUGUAAACUACACAACAAAGCUGUGCGAUCAGUUUGUUUGGAAUGCGGCACUUUGGCAGCUAGCAGUCGACUGGUGAGAAAGGGGGACUGGCUAUGUCCUUCGUGCGGAUGCUACAACUUUCAGAACAGAAUGAGCUGCAAAGAAUGCGAGGAGCUUCGAGAAGAUGUGAAGGAAAGCUUGAAAGCUUCGGGGAUUGAUGUAUAAUUCUUGUACUCAAAGUAUUCACCACGGAUCAAUCAUUCAUUUCCGUUUGUGCCAUUCCCACCAUUGUCGGCACCGUUCUCUUACACUAUAGAGACUUUACCCUUGCUAUCUUACACAAGAUAAUGUAUAUAUGUCAUCGUUUUUCCUUAAUACUCUGUGAUCAUUAAAUUUGCACCAUUUGAAUUAUUUAUUCCAU